CUGAUGCUGCCGUAUCGGAUGAGGAGAGGAAGAGGGGAGAGAGAAAAAAUAAAACGGGUUUGCGGCCAGAAGGGAGGCUAUCCCGUGACGGAUUGUGGAUGCAAAGAACUUCGACAGACAAGCAGAUAUUUUUCGAAUUGCUUCUGAAGCUACAUCUUUCUGCACAAGGACGCAGGUGAAGGAUGAAUCUUGAAACCAGCGGCGGCAGGAGCGCGAGCGGGGAUGCUGUGAUAUGUCCAUAGACGGCGAGGGAGGGAGAGAGCAAGGGGAAGGAGAGGGAGGGAGGAGAGUACUAUACCAGCUAAAGAUUGUUAUUUUUUGUAGAACCACGAUUUAUUACAGCCAUCCAAUCGAGCAUUUUACAUAAUAGAGAAAACGAUUAUUUCUCGAAAGAAAAAUAUUAUUUUGAUCUGAACAGAAACGCAAGGUGAAAUUGUUGACAGACGUUGACUGGAGAAUACAGAAUGAAGGAAGUGUAGCCUAGACCGAACGGGUGCGGAUAGCAGGGUGGCUGUUUUGACGUUCUGUUCACCUCUAUUUCCUGAUACCAGGCCCUGGGAUAAUCCGAAGAGUGCACCGGAUAUUGGGAAAACCAUCCCUCUGAGGCUAUAACGGAAUAUUACUAUUCAUAUAGCCUAAAGGACGGAGCAGAGAUAGUCUACAUACCAAAAUGGGACAACAAGAGGUGGAGGGAGACUAAAAUAUGUUACGAUAAUACGAUUCUUUACAAAUGCCAUUAGUAUGUUAUUAUAAGGAUCACUGAUGACAGUAACGGAUGUAGGCUAUGAGGUGCAGAAUUGUGUGCAAUCUAGCCGUUACAUGGAGCCUAUCUGAUUCAAUCAUUUUUGAUAGGCUAUUCCAGCUCCUUACAUCUAUCUGCCUGUACUAAUAUUAACAAUAGGACACAUUUAUUCGUAUAUUGUUAAUAAUAAUUGUAAUUCAUAAUAACUGCCAUCAUUUUGGACUUCUCAAAUAUGCACCUGUCAAAUUCUCCCUACGAAUUUCUCUCUUCCACUUUCUAACAUCCCAUUAUUUCAUUCCUGCUUAGUUAAUUCACGGUCGUUGAUAAUAAACUGGAGUUUACCGAAUUUAUAUAACGGUAACCGCAUAGAAAAAGGCAAGUGCAUGGGAGUAGCCUAGCCGAGACGAUAGGCCACGAAAUAGUCAUCACGACUACAACCGCUCUCUCCAUUCCUCCCUGUGACAAUAUCGCUAGGCGUCUGUAAUGCUAUUACCGUGGAGCCGUUCAACCCCGAGGACCGAUAGCUAUAAAUUCCUAUUGAAAACAACAGUGAUUUGAUCUCCUUAUCAUCAUAUAAUUUCGCCUUAAACGCACGGACAUCAUGACAAGCAAGGAGCUGUCCGUAAGCCAGUCGGCCCAAUACGUCGGGCCUUACCGGUUGGAGAAAACCCUUGGGAAGGGGCAGACAGGUUUGGUGAAGCUGGGAGUCCACUGUAUUACGGGACAGAAGGUGGCCAUAAAGAUUGUGAACCGAGAGAAGCUGUCUGAGUCUGUCCUUAUGAAGGUGGAGAGGGAGAUAGCUAUUCUAAAACUAAUAGAGCACCCUCAUGUGCUGAAGCUGCAUGAUGUUUAUGAGAAUAACAAAUACCUGUAUCUGGUGUUGGAGCAUGUCUCAGGAGGAGAGUUAUUUGACUACCUGGUGAAGAAGGGCAGACUGACACCUAAAGAGGCCAGGAAGUUCUUCAGACAGAUCAUCUCAGCGCUGGACUUCUGCCACAGCCACUCUAUAUGUCAUAGAGACCUGAAGCCUGAGAACCUGCUCCUGGAUGAGAAGAACAACAUCCGCAUCGCUGACUUUGGCAUGGCCUCCCUACAGGUGGGGGACAGCCUGCUAGAGACCAGCUGUGGAUCUCCUCACUAUGCAUGUCCAGAAGUUAUCAGGGGGGAGAAGUAUGAUGGUCGCAGGGCAGAUGUAUGGAGCUGUGGCGUUAUCCUCUUUGCACUGCUGGUGGGAGCUCUACCCUUUGACCAUGACAACCUGCGCCAGCUCCUUGAGAAGGUGAAGAGUGGGGUGUUCCACAUGCCCCACUUCAUCCCCCCAGACUGCCAGGCCCUGCUCAAAGGAAUGAUUGAGGUCAACCCUGACAAGAGACUCACGCUAGAAGCAAUACAAAAACACUCCUGGUAUCUUGGUGGUCGUAACGAGCCGUGUCCUGAGCAGCCUCCUCCCAGGCGUGUGUGUGUGAAGAGGAUUGUGUCGCUGACAGAGCUGGACCCCGAUGUACUGGACAGCAUGCACUCUCUGGGCUGCUUCAGAGACCGGGGAAAACUGACUCAGGACCUGCAGUGUGAGGAAGACAACCAGGAGAAGAUGAUCUACUACCUCCUCUUGGACAGGAAAGAGCGUUACCCCAGCUGUGAGGACGAAGACCUACCGCCCAGGAACGAUAUAGGUCUCCCAGCAGAUCCCCCUAGGAAACGGGUGGACUCUCCCAUGCUGACCCGUCAUGGCCGGUGCCGGCCGGAGAGGAAGAGUCUGGAGGUGCUGAGUGUGACGGAGCAGGGCUCCCCCACACCCACGCGCAGGGCGCUAGACACUUCCACACACAGCCAGAGGUCUCGUUCAGUCAGUGGCGCUUCAACAGGGCUCUCAUCAAGUCCUCUCAGCAGUCCCAGGGUCACCCCUCAGGGGUCUCCACUCCCCACCCCCCUGGGCACCCCCGUCCACCACCCCCAGCACCCCCCGCCCACCCCUCCCUCGUCGUCGUCAUCGUCCUCCUCCUCGCGGGCGGAGGGAGGCGGUGUGGGUGGAGGCGGAUCCCUCUCCCUAACCCCACCCUCCAGCCCUGGAGGCAGCGGGGGGCUGGCCGCCAGUAGCUCCGCCCACUGGAGGACACGCCUCAACUCCUUUAAGAACAACCUGCUGGGAUCGCCACGCUUCCACCGACGCAAACUGCAGGUUCCAACACCGGAGGACAUGUCCAGUCUAACUCCAGAAUCAAGCCCAGAGCUGGCCAAGAAGUCGUGGUUUGGGAACUUCAUCAGCCUGGAAAAGGAGGAACAGAUAUUUGUUGUCAUUAGAGACAAACCGCUUAGUUCCAUCAAAGCUGAUAUUGUCCAUGCCUUCUUGUCUAUCCCGUCCCUGAGUCACAGCGUCGUCUCCCAGACCAGCUUCAGAGCAGAGUAUAAGUCCUCUGGUGGCCCCUCCGUCUUCCAGAAGCCUGUUAAGUUCCAGGUGGACAUUGCCUUCUCUGAGGGAGAGAGGGACAGAGAAAGGGAACGAGCCGAGAGGGAAGGAAAGAGGGAAAAUGGCAUCUACAGUGUGACUUUCACCCUCAUAUCAGGUCCAAGUCGCAGGUUCAAGAGAGUGGUGGAAACGAUUCAAGCCCAGCUACUUAGUACUCAUGAUCAGCCAUCUGUGCAGGCACUGGCUGAUGAGAAGAAUGGGCAGCUGACCUCGCGUCCGCCCAGCACCCCGACCCGGCAAAACUCCCGACGUUCGGAAGGAGGUGGGGACCGGGGCGAGAGGUGUGAGCGUGGUGACGCAGGGAUAGGGGGCAGUGGGAGCGUGCUUCAGAGGAGGGGCUCGGGCAAAGACAAGACCAGACUCCUUUCCUCCAACGGGACACAGUCCCAGCCCUGAGGGAACAUUCUGGAAACAGACAUCAACAGGAUAGGACAGAUGGAGAGAGAUGACCUAGAGAACAACACAGACAAACCCCCUCAGACUACCACCAUCACCACUACCACCGUCACAUCUACCAAACCACCUGACCCAGCAAUCAUCACAAACCACUGCUUCAACCUGAAAUGGGCCCAACAAGAUAGUUGGCCACCAAGAUAGAAAAGAGAGGAUGAGAGGAAAAUGCAGUGUCACUUAGAUUUGCUUCAGAACAGAAGCCAAGAUCAGAAAAAUGUCUAAUUGUACGUUUGAAGUACAACACAUCAUGUAACUGUCAACAACAAUAUGUAGCCAGUAAAAUAAGCGGGCAGACUUAUGGGGAAUGGUUAAAGGCAAAAACAUUUUUUUUUAAGUUAUCCGGUCUACAACCAAUAAGAUGAAAACCUUUGUGGAAAUUCCGAAAUAAUAUCAACAAUUAUAAGUGUUUCCCAGUUGAUGUGGCUCCACUUAAGUUUAACCUAACAUCGCUUUUUGGGUCAGUGAGAGUGAAAUAUUACGGGUCAAGUCAAUUCAGUGGAUAUCAAGGAAACAAACAGGUUGGGUCCUUUCACUGGAUUCUCAUUAACGAUAAGUUACGAGAACAGAAACAUGGUAGAAUUUAAGAUAAUGAUGAGGAAGACUGCAUCAAAAUCAGAAUGAAGUAUCCAAAUGCAUCUUUGCAUCCAAGUAGCUCCAAAGAUGUCAAUACAGCUAUUUGAACAAAAUAAAGACAAAUAUCUGUUUUCUCUAACUAAGCACCACAAUUGUAUGAUUCCUAAAAUGCAAUUGAAACAAACUUAUGAAAACCAUCUUGCCUUUAAAUGAGGAUUAAGCAACAGAUAUCUCUACAGAUAUCACCCAAGUUGAAGAAAAAUAACAGACAAGGCAUGGAAGAAAGUCUCAACGCCCCCACUACAACUGACAUCUGGAAUAUGUAGAGAUUUCAAACAGAUAAUGGAACGAUAUAACUAGAAUCAUUAGAGUAAUUCUGAUACUAUGAAUGGAACCCUCAGCAGAUCCUCUGAAUGAUGAGCUCAGUUCACUUCAGUCCAAUGGAAGAUGAAGAAGAUGUAGUUCACAGGAAGUUAUCUUCAUCAGUUGUUUAUUCCAGGAGGACUGAACCAAGCACUCCACAUCCAUUAUUGUUUUCUACAGAAAACAACCAACCCUCCCUCCCUUACAUUCCCAAUAUAGCCGACAUGGGGCACUGAAUGAUGCGGCUUUUGAAAAGGCCCUAUACACCUAAACUGACUUGUUCUGUUAAUUAAGAGAGCAGAGGGAGGUGAGGAGGUGGAAAAGCUAAUUUCAAGAAACAACAAAAGAGACUUUAACUUAAGGAUGACAGAGAGAAAAACAUUGUAACCGCUGCACACUCAUUCCCAGGAGAGGAAAGGAACAGACCAUACAAAAAUAAUGAAAUCCAUUUAGUUUUUUGUUUCCUUUCUCCUUUUGUUUGUGAUUUGAGCACAAAUGAGUUUGAUGUUUGCCGCCAACAAAAUGGAGAUAACGCAAACCAAGUGAAUGUCAAAAACAAACACUAUUGUGACAGUAUUUAUUUAUUUUAUUUAUGUCAUAGAUUUAUUUUAUAUUUAUUUAUGUAUUUAUUUGUUGAUUUAUAUAUUGCAAAGAGGAAAUGUAGUGGAAAGGGAAGAUACUGACAAAAAUAGAGGGGAAAGUUCUGUUGGAAUAUUGGCACAGCAUUGAAACUGACAAAAUGGCUGCUGUAGUUGAAACCAGAUUGAACCCUCUUUUCCAGAGCGAGACAGAAAACAACCUCUUGUCCAUUCAUUCUUCAAUGUUUUAGAAACCAAUGCUGCAAAAAUCCUUCCAGCUCCUUUUGAUGUCUUUUUUGUUGAUGUCUUUGUUUGGUAUAAUGAAGAUUUCCCAUUUAAAGCAACAAAACAAAUUUUAAGAAAUGAACCAAGGAUAGAUUUGAUGCUUUGGGAAUUUCUGGGAUGGCAAAAAAUAUUAAUCUUCCAUGAAGUAAAUAAAAGAUUAUCUCAUAGACACUUGAAAAAGCAGAGGAGAGCAGGAAAGGGUGGGGGUAGUCCUUCUCUGUCAUAUUCUGCUAGAAUGUUGUUACUUAAGUGUACAAAGAUAUGGACACACCACAUGAAAACACUGACUGAGGGCCCAACACCACGUGCAGAACACAAGCAGUAUUCACAUACACAUGAACCCUCCUGUUCUUUCAGAGAAAAAAAAAAACUGUUAUAAACUGGACCUUAAAAUUGGAAUGCACUGUCCUAAAAGACACAAAACAAAUAAAGUGGUUCCCUCUACCAUCCCUUGGCCACUGCCUUGCCCCCCCCCCCCCCCCCCAACCCCUUCAUUACGUCCCCCCUCAUACUCCUAUCCCCUUGCACAGAGCACCAAAAGAAAACACAGGUUUCGUUCUAGUCGCUCCCCUAGUCCCUCGCUAGUCCCUCGUAAGUCGACACCUUGUUUCAUGCCACUGCCAUUAAGCCCCUAUUAUCAGUCUCACCCUACCUCACCAUUCCUUGGCUGUGACCACAGCACAGUAACUAAGACUCACCGCUGCACGUUAUACCACGUCCCCAUCAGCCAUCAUCACACUUCAUAUCAGUUGGAGUCAACACACGGCUACUGUAGCACACAACUGCUUGUACAGCAAACAGGGCGAUUCUGUAGCCAGGAGACUUAGAACAGUAGGUUAUUGUAACUCUUUAUUUAUCAUACUGUCUAUAACGGCUGUACUGUACACUUAAUCGGUGUGAAUCGGCCAUUUACCAUGAAAUAUGAAAAGAGUGGGUGGCAGUCUUCCUCGAUUUCCUUACCUGGGGCUCAUCUCGCUCCCCUUCCACACAGCAAAGAACAUGAUUAUAGCUUGUUGACUUUAGUAGCUCACCUCUCAUUGUAGCUCACACCCUUCACUCAAGGCCUUUUGGCAGGAAUCAUGUACCCAUUUUCCUACUAUCGUGUCGAACCGUACUGUGCUGUCUUGGAUAUUUUCCUUUCACAUUGUCCUUUCCAGCAUGGUUCCAGGAACUAUUGUGAAGGUGUAACCAGGCUAGCCGAGCUAGUCGGCAAUGAAAUGCUGCAUGAUACUACUGGAAAGCAAUGUGGCCCUGUAGGUGAUGACAGUGAAUGUUUUUUUACUGCAUUAAUAUAGAUGGCUUAUGAAUCCAGCACCGUCCUGCACAGAAUAGUAGUAGUAAGAGUUUGCAUAGCCAGGAAUUAGUUUGAGCGCCUUAAGAUGAUGCGUACGGAGGGAGGUACUUGUCUGUUAUAUUUGCUCGACCUGUCAGUGUGUGUGUCCGGUGUCUGUGUGAGAUUGUAUGUGCACGACCUCUCAGAGCCCUCAUCCUCCCCCCCGCCACAUUCUAGGUCAGAGGUCAGGGUCAUUUGAAUGGGAGAUAGAUGUGAAACAAGACCCACGACCCCACAGUCUUUCAUUUUCCAUUACCUUGUGCUAAAAAACAGAGACAGUUAGUGGGAGACCGUGUUACCCUUACCUUUUGUAUAGGUGGGGUAGGCCUCUCCCUGCCCAGCUCUGUUGCUUCACGUUUCAAAGAGUUUGGCUUCUAUUGGUUUCAAUUGGCGUUGUUGAGGCCAGAGGGCCUGGACGUUGCUGUUACUGAGAGCUUUGACGCCCCGCCUUUCCUCGCCUGAAAACAAAAACUAGGGGAAAUACUGGCUGGAGACACAACUAGAGCGAAACCCUUAGACAUUCUGUGUAAAUAACCGUUCAAACCCCAUUGUGGGUGAAUCUUACAGCGAAAAGGCCGCUUCUCUCCAACCACCCCAACUCCCUCCUUGCACCCUUCCUACACCCUCAUCUCUUCUUAAACCCCCCCACCCUCUCAUCCAGAUGAAAAUACCUCAACCCAACCCCAUCCUUAUAUAAUCACACCCCUCCCCAUGUCUCUGUCCAUUGUAUACAGUAAGUAUGAAACCAUAUCUUGAUUCUUUAUUCACACUGUACUCACAAUAUGAUUAUUGUCAUCAUUAUUGAUCAUUCCAAGAUUGUAAAACUGUAAUCCCCCCCCUUCAUACACAGUAGAUCAAAACAAUUCUUAAAUAUUUAAAACAGUAAUGUGGGGGGAUGAUUAUACAACAUGAGGAGGAUGAUUAUAUAAGAAAUGUCUGUAUUAUAUUUAAAAAAAAAUGAAAGUGCACUAUUAUGAUUAUUAUUGCCUGUGAUAAAUAAAGAUCAAUAAACUACA